UGAAUGUCACAGCCGUUGCAUGCAAAAAAGAUGAACGUUCACUGAUUGUCACCGAAACUAGUAGUUGUUACAACAAUUCAUCAAACACCAAUCAGCCAUUGAAGAAAUAAACGUGCCUUCAUUUCUGCGGAAAACCGCGUAAACCUCGCACUUGGCGCACACAAAAGAAAAUAGCUUUAAAUUUAUUUUCAGAAACCUAUGUACAUACAGAUGCGAAAAUUUUAAGGCUGGGUGAAUCAGUGUACGAAAUGAAUUAUGUAAUUGGUGGUAUUUCAACUCCCGUAUUAUAUUUUCGAGCAUUUUUGUCCUUUUGUAGUUUUUUUUUUGGUUCGUUGAAUAUUGAAUAUUCUACAUUGAAUAUUUCCAGUCUAGGAAUGUAACAAACAUUGUAGCAAUACUUGAUAUGGUAUAUUAUAUGUUUGUCUUAUUGUUCCCAGAUACCUGCAAGCCUCACACGUACUGAACGUUAAAGAAAACGAAGAAGUCCAUGCUCAAGUGGUUUGUGCCAGGUUCCAACACCGUAGUUUGCUGUUUCGGCUGCUCUAAAUCUAAAUGCCAUAUUACCCAUAAGGCGUCACACCUUUCACCUGCAAUAUUGUCACACAAAUUUAUCUAUUGUCACACAUAUUUAUCUAGAUAUUCGUUGAAAAGAAGUGCCCCUGUUAAUUAAGUAGAACGAUACGAUUACUCACCAUUUCUUGAUUAGCCUUACUUUUUAAGAUUUUACCCAUCCUGCAAAAAAUCCAAUCUAAGCACUUUCAAAUUUGCAGAUAAUGCUCGAUGUCUCACAACGUACCGCUAUCCAGCGGCAUGUGUACCAUUUCAAAUGCCAAAUGACAUCCAUGUAUCUGAAGUUAGCAAUGCAGAAUUGUGGUUUCGUAAAGAGCAAGACCUGAUGGAUUCCCAUAAUCAGACUUUUGUGGUGUCUGAGGUGGCUCAUUGGGAUAGGAACAAAAGUUUCAAGAAAUCUACGCCAGUUGCAAUUCAGGAAACUAGUUUAACAGAGGAAUGGGUACGAGUUGACGUGACACACGUAGUUAAAAAUUGGUUGGACUUCUACGAUUCACCAGUUCACGCUUUCAGUAUUGUAUGCAAGACAUGCGUCAAAGACGAACUUCGAUCUCCUGUAUCUUCUUCUCCAGCCGAUAACAGGCCAUUUCUGGUGAUAUAUACCCACAUCCAACAACGCCGCACGAUGAGGCACAAAAGACAGAGGAGAUCAGCAGUGUGUGGACCUGAUGUCAAUGAAUGUUGCAAAGAAAGCCUCUACAUUUCCUUUGCUGAAAUCGGAUGGUCAGACUGGAUUAUCAAACCAGAGGGUUAUAACGCGUACUUUUGUAAAGGAUCAUGCCUGUCGCCAUCUGCUAUUACGAUCAGUGGAAGCCAGCAUCAUACUAUACUUCACAAAAUGAUGUACGGCAAGAAUAGUAACAGUGGAGGGGGACGUCCAGAGUUGACACCAUGUUGUGCCGCCACCCAAUUUCAGCCUUUGCAGUUGGUCUACAUGGACAGCAACAGAACUGUUACAACAAAAUUGCUUUCUAAUAUGAUCGUAGAGACUUGCGGAUGCAUGUAGCGAUUAAAUUUAAGUGUUACGUGUGAUAUACGUGAUUUUGUAACUGCUGGCAGUAUUUUUUAUGUUCAGCUGUAACAGCUGUAUUUAGUGCCACCGUAAAUUGAUGCAACCAGAAGCCGUGCUUGUAAUUCUAUGGUUAGUAGAAUGAUGCAUUCAGGGAAAUACAGCACUUAAUGUUUGUUUUCAUUUGAUGCAACUAUACAACCAUUCGCUAACAAUUAUGGUUCCAUUAAAAUAUGUGCAGGAAUGACUGCAGAUUUACUGUAUGCUACAGUUCAUUAAGCAAGGGAGAUAUCUCGGAAGUUUCACAUCAAAAAACACUCUCUGUUGUUAUAUUUACUGUGUGUCUACUUUGUACUUUUUUGAUCUACCUUUGUGAAAGCCUAUGACGAAGAAUUAAAGUACUUCAGUAAUGUCAACAACUACAAUCUACGAACCCAAGUUUGUACGUAUAUAUGAAUCAACAAUUUCAAUAUACCUAAUUCGAAGUCGUUUCAGCAUGUAACCGUUAUUAAAAUCUAGCCCAAAAAUAUACAUAUGAACAUGCAUAGCCACUCACAUAUAAUUUCUGGAAUCUGCGACUCUAUGCUUUGCCUCAAGAUGCUGGACUUCAACACAUCACAAAAAGUUUCAAUGUCUGUCUAUGAAACUGUACCCACACACAAACACACACACACGCGAUACUACAGAUAAUUAGACUUCUUAUAAUAACAAUAAAUUUUAUGGUUAUUAAAAAGACCGCUACAUCCGAAAUCGUUAGGCAAAUUAUUCUAAAUUCUAACCUUUUUAAUUCAUAAACCCUCAUAGACGCUGCGCGCACUGGAUGUAAAAACAAAACCGGUCGUGCACAGCCUACUUAAAUAUUUUCCAGGAAUCUUAGUUGGCCGAAUUGCAUGGUAGAGGAGACGGGCUCUGUUAUGGCACUUACAGAGCGUUCAGAAUAUAAUAAAUAGUGGUUGAUCAGUUUAAAUAUAUGAAAAUAAUUUUAAUGGUUCAUUGUAAUGUUUUCUAUCAGUUUUUGUUUCAAAUACAUGAGUGUUGAUUAAUUUGCAAUGUUUGCAUGGUGGACCUCAUAUAAUUAAUUAAAUUCUACCUUGUCGUCCUACCUACCUAAGUUGGGGAUAUCUACUUGCCUGGAUUCAAAUAAAUUGUGAUACUGAGAAAAGGUUGUAAAAGUGGUUGUUGCAAAAUUUAUAUGAUAGAAUGCUUUUUAUGUGGGACAAAUCAAUUAGACAAAAAUCUGGUCGUAGGAAGAAUAAUUUAGCAUUAUGUUGCGUCAAUUUACUUCUCAUUUGCAGAGGUACUUACGGUCAAGGAAUGGAAAAACGGUGGAUAAACACUUUAGGAUAAUUGUGCAAUGCUUAUCUCAAAUUUUCCUUUGGUAAGACUGACUACAGCCAACAACAUUGUUCGUUGCCUUUAUCAUAUCUAAAACUUUACAUGGAACGAUUCUGACUUCCUUAUUGUGGUCAGAUUCGGCUAUAUAUGCUCUUCACGCUAUGACAAGCAAUAAUUAGAAUUUUGAGGGGUAACCUCUUGCUUGCUAAACAUUUUCUGUAGCUAAUUUUGUGUAACAAAGUUUUACAAACAACAUUGCUUGUUGCAUGUAGAGUUCUAAAUGUCAAUGGUACCUUGACAUUCAAAACUAAAAGACGAGCUUUGUGUUUUGUAAGACUUUGUAUUCUCAGUCUUUCAGAUCUAUGAUCAAUGUGCUUCGAGUAUUCACGGCUUUUUCCUAGCUAAUGGCUGAAACCUGUUAUAAUAUGCGCAAGAUAUAAAUUUGAGGUAAUCAGCUGCAAUCGAAUGUUUGAUGUUCAAUGCAAGUAUGUAAUGUGAUAUAUUGAAAUCAAUCUCUAGAUAAUAAUAUGUAUUUUAUAUACAACACGAAAUAUUUGUCCUAUAAGGUAUUAAGCAUAAACGGCUUAUGAGUGACAUUUUUCAGGCAAAGGUUCUAUAAACAAUUAUUUAAUGAUACUUUUUGGCAACGGCCUCUAGGGAAAUAGUGUUUUCAAAUAUGUUUGUUUCCAAUGAAGAAGGCUAUGUUAAUACGCUUAAUGUUGCUUGUAUACAAUAUCAUUCAGUAAUUAACAAAUAUUUGAACAAUUAAGUAAGAAUAUUCGAAGGCCAUGCGUUAAAAGUAUCUUCAAGUAGAAUAACUAAUUAAAUACAGUGUAAACAUUGAGUUAAUGAUACUUUGUUGAAAGUUGACAUAUUUCCUCUGAUGCGUUACUUAGCUUGUUUUUUAGUUGAAGUGUAAUUUAUAUUUUUAUUAUUAGGAUAUUUUAUGUAUGGGGGUCGUAUGACAGUGUUCGAAAGUUCUUGUAAUAUUAUAGCAGUUUUUUAAGUCAUUUCAUUCAAUCUUAUAUAAAAAAAACAGCAGGUAAGUGUGUGAAAGUGUCAUUUUUUAUAUUGGUCCAUAAUCAUACAACAUUUCGGUAAACCCUCAACUCUCCAAUCCAAUAGGUCGGCUCAUAUUUAUUCUAAUGAUCUAUUGGUUAUUAUGGGUUAUAUACAGGGUCGCCCAUCCAUAUGUGGACGGAAUAUUACUCAUAAACAAGUACAUUUUGGGAACAUCUAUUUAUGGCAUGUUAUACAGGCCACCUGAGGGCACAUUCCUAAAAUAUUGGCAAUUAUACAGGGUGCCCCAAUUUUGACCUAUAUAUCAUAGUUGUGAUUUUUUAAAUGGAAUGCCUCAAAUUUUAUUUCAAAUUUGCAUAAACCAAUUCAAAAGAAGAAGAUUGAUGUAAAGUACUAUGGGGUUUUGGUAAUUAGCUACUGAGAUGGUGUUUUGUCUAGAAAAACCCCCAUUUCGGCCACCCCUCAGUCCGCCAUUUUGAAAUUUGGAGUGCUGAAUUUCGUGUCAAAAAAAACUUACACACCUCAGCUUUUAUCUUAUUUGUUACUUUUUCGAAUUUUAAUUUUUGUUCAUUCAGCGUGGUCAAUUUUUUAUAAGCUUUUUUCUGAUAUUAGGAUACAUAAGGGUUUUUACGGCUAUUUUUUCGGUUUUUAGCAGGUCUUUUAUGGAACAGCUUAAUUCCCUAAAAUAUCGCAUCAUCCAAAAUAAAUUGUGGAUUAGUUACAAACUGCCAAAAUUAGCUUUGUGAGCAUUAUAAUAAAACGUGAUUGAAAAUGAAUUCUUCUAAUGAAGAAAUUAUGAAUAUGGUGUUCGUUUUGGGCGACGCCCAAAGAUAUAGUUUCCUAGCAUCGAGCAACGGUACCCUAAUAUCCGACAUGCAAGGUCGGAAACAUUUUCCACACUACGUGUCAUCAAUGAGGCGAAUCAGUUGUUCAGUUCUAUUAAAGGUGCAGGAAAAUACCCAUUUAAGUGCACGGCAAAUGGGAGCAGAAACUGAUAUAUGCAGAACUUCUGUCCAAAGGAUUAUUCGCAAGCAUAGGUACCAUCCAUAUCAUCACCUAUUCUUGCAUCAAUGCCUUCGUCCUCAGGAUUUCGCAGCUCGAAUGGGGUUUAGUAGAAAAAUGCUAAAUAAAGUGACUGAAGACACUACUUUCCUGGAUAAGGUUCUUUUUAGCGAUGAGGCAACUGUUAACAGGCAUAACAUGCACUAUCAUGCGACGGAAAACCCUUGCGGGGUUAGUCAAAUAGAUUUUCAAAAUAAAUGGAGCUUGAAUGUUUGGGGAGGAGUUAUUGGCAGACAUAUUAUCGGGCCUUUCUUUUUCGACAACAGACAGGUACAGAAUACUUGAUUUUUUUGAUCGAGCAUUUGCCUUUGCUUUUGGAGGAUGUCAACCUGCAAACUCGGAUGCAUAUGUACUUCCAACAUGACGGCGCACCUGCGCAUUAUCAUAAUCGUGUGCGUAACUAUUUGGACACCUGUAACAACCUGAGUAACAAUCGUUGGAUCGGUCGUAAUCGGUCUAUAUCUUGGCGUCCUGGAUCACCAGAUAUAUGACACCGAUUGACUUCUAUCAAUGGGGCAACGUUAAGCAAGAGGUUUAUAGAUAUCCACCAUCUACCCCGGAAAAUAUGAAGGAAAGGAUUAAGGGUGUUUUUCUGAACAUAAGGGAACGCAUGCUGAGGGAUGUGCAACGGUCAUUUAUCCAAAGACUACGGCUGUGUAUUCAACAUGGUGGAGAUUUUUUUUAGAGUAGGUCUUGAGUAGUAAUAGUUGUUUGUUUAUGUUGUUGUUAUAGUUAUUUUUCUCUAUUACGCUUGAAGCUGAUUCAUACUGUUCUGAUUGUUAUUAGUUUUAACGUCAAAUCUGUACUCUUAGGCCCGUAUCGUCAGUCGUUCCUGCAAUUGUAGGCCGCCUUUAUGGCCUCCUCGAUUUUCAUAGUUUUAUGCUUUUCCGUGUCAGCGCUCUAUUUUGAGGUUAUAACAUAAAUAUCUAUUUGCAUCAAAUUGUGCAUGCUUUUGAGUUAUAUCAUGUUUUAUCAGCCUGAAAUUUCCUACAAUUUAAAAAGAAAACAUCUUCACAAUACGAGAGCGCUGACGCUGACACAGAACAGGUGUAAUCUAGAAAUUUUUGAAGGAGAGAAAGGAGUAUAACAAUCAAGGAGGCCAUAAAGGCGUCCUACAAUUGUAGGAACGACUGACGAUACGGGCCUUAGUGGCAAUAUGGAACUGUUUGUCUUUUGUUUCCAUAGAUGAUGUGGUUUUUUUUCCUUAAUUUUGGUGUAUUGUUCUAUUAAAAGCUUAAUAACCCAAAAUCUAAUGAUUUUAUCUGAACUAAACCUUACACCAAAAAAAGCUUAUGAAAAAUUGAAUCCAAAUCUGAACAAAUAUACAGGGUGGUGCAUUUGAAAUUUUUGAGCAAAACUACAAUUCGCGUUUUUGUCCACCCUGUAUGAGCAAAAAUAAAACUUCGAAAAAGUUACAUAUAAGAUAAAAGCUGAGGUAUGUUAGUUUUUUUUGAUACAAAACUCAGCACUCCAAAUUUCAAAAUGGCGGAUUGAUAGGUUGCCGAAGUGGACGGUCUUUCCUGACAAAACACCUUACAUCUCAGUAGCUAAUUACCAAAACCCCAUAGUAUGUAAUAUCAAUCUUCUUCUUUUGAAUUGGCUUAUCCAAAUAUGUAAUAAAAUUUGAGGCAUUCCAUUUAAAAAAUCACAACUUUGCUAUGUAGGACAAAAUUGGGACACCCUGUAUAAUUGCCAAUAUUUUAGAAAUGUGCCCCCAAGUGUCAUGUAUAACACGCCGUAAAUAUAUUUUCCCAAAAUGUUUUUAUUUAUGAGUAAUAUUCCGUCCACACAUGGAUGGGCCACCCUGGGAUUUUGAAGUGAAUGAAUAGGACGGAGUACAAUAAUUUUACAAUUAUGAACUUUAUAUAUAUAUAUAUAUAUAUAAUAAAUUUUAUCAUUAGUUCAAAAAAUAUAGCUUCUUAUCCCUGGUUUUUGUUUUUGCUUCUGAUGUUAUAAUAAAUUUCAUUACAUAAUGUACAAUUAUUUUUUGUUAUUCCAAAUUUCAUUUGCGACUAAGUGUUUAUUUACAGCAAAUAUAUCUGAAAUCUAGUCAUGUUUCAAUAAAAAUAACUACUUAGAUCCAAGUUUAGUGCUCUCCGUGCCCAGAGUCCCCUGAAGGAAACUUGAUAUAUCAAGUGUAAUUACAUUUAAUAAUUUGAUCAGUUGAACAAAAAUGCGAUUACACAUCGUAAUAUGGAUAAUGCGUACCUACCAUUUUGUUUCCAUGGUAAGCAAAAAUAGAAGCCAGUCUAAAAUUUCACGAAAUACGGCCAAGAGAACAAAUACAAACCACGUUAUAUCAUGUUUCUACCAAUCUAAAGAGAUUCAUAACAUUUUUUUUUCCUGUAAUCGAUCUCUCCUUUCAUCUCGGUGAUGAAAAUUAUCGACUUGAACUUAAAGCGGAAUUUUUGAAAAAAAUAUUGGAAAUUGUUCCCCUUAGGGUAUCUUGGGAAUUGGAGGGUUAACUAAGACAUUUAAGUGUUAGAAGAGAAAAACAAGUUCACGGGAUUAAGUCUUAAAAAAGGUAUCAAUUCAAAACAAUUUAUGGUUGAGUUUCUUAAAUAACAAUGUAUGUUCCUAUUUAUGCUUCAUUGAUAAAAGCAUAAGUAGAAGAUAUAAUAUAUCUGCAAUAACAUCAAAGUGAUAUUUUUUUGUAACUUGCUAUGUCCACCAGUACAUUUGUACCGGUACUAUGUUCACACAAAAAAAUUGUUCAAAAUCGGUACCGACAAUUAAACUUUAAAAAUUCUUACAUUUUCUCUCCUAAACAACCACACUUUAAACUGAGUUAUAAACAUAUUGGUAAAAAUAGCUAUAUGAUUUCUUGUCGUCACAAUAAAGAGAAUCAAGCUAUACAUAAAAUGUUAAUACUAUCCUCACUGGCUCUUCUGCACCCUGACUUGCGGCACAACUAAUUUCUGUAUCCUAAUUGCUGGAAGUUCCACCAGAAUGUGCAUAAGGAACCCCAUAAUCAAUGAUGAAAUAGCGUCGCUAAUAAACGAUGUUACCUUAAACAAAAAUUCCAAAUAGCAAUGAUUGCAACACAGUAUCAAAAACCAGUGAAGCCUGAAGCUUUGCAUACAUUAUUCAGGUAACUAUUUCAUUGAAAUGAGACAGCACUAGAAAGGAGCACUGCGAGAAAAAAACAGCAAGUUGUAAGUUAGAACUGUAUUCCAGUUCACAUUUGACAGCAAUGUCGUCAAUGGAGAUGCUGUCGAUUCUCCCGGUAUAGUACAUACGGUCUACUCAAUAUUGAACAAACUAUUAAUAGUGCUUUCAUCUGUCCGAUCACAGACGGCCAACGAACGAAAGCUGGGCAACUGACAGUGGGGGAUUCUGCUACUUGGCGCUGUCAUGUUGCGAUAGACUCAACGACGAUCAAAAAACAUAGACUUUAUAUCAUGGUAAGGGGAUAGUUGCUCAGCUUUCGUUCGUUGUCAUAAUUAAGGACCACAUCUUGGCCAUGCUGAUGAGUUUCCAAAAAGCAUGAAAUAUCUGUCCAUGGUUGGCCGUCUGUGGUCGGAUGGACGAAAGUAUUAUUACUAGCCGGAUAGCACGAAAUUUUCAUUAAAUAUUUAUUCAAUAUCUUUUAAAUAUUUUUAAUACAAUAUUUCUUUUAUAAUAUUCAUUAAAUAUUUAGUUUUCAAUCAAUGUAAAAUAUUAAAUCUCCAUUAUUUGAAAAAUAUUCAUUAAAUAUUUUCGGCUACGGCGCAUGUGCGUGUGGCCCCGAGCGACCAACGGCAUAAUGGCAAGCCGACCUGAGCCGACAUCCAUUUUGCCUGUGAGUCUCACUAUGAUA